AUGCGGUGUUCAGAACGUCUUGAUCUUGUUGAGUUUGAUCCGGAGAUUGAACAAACUUUUCAUCAAAGGCGUCGUGAACAAAGAGCAAAAAGGGAACAACAACAAAGCACAAUGGACGACAACGAAAAUCAGCUUGUUCAAAUGGAGCGUACUGUUGAGAUCAAUGAGAGAGAUAUCUUGAUGGGGGAUUUCAUGAUGCCUCCUGUUGUUGAGAAUCGGUCGAGCAUAGUCUAUCCUCCAUAUGGGCAUGAUAACUUCCAACUGAGGCCAGAUGUGAUUAAUUUAUUCUCCAACAACAUUCCGUUCUAUGGAAGAAGUGAUGAAAAUCCUCACUAUCAUCUCGCUCACUUUUUGGAGUAUUGUGGAAAUUUUAAAUAUCAAGGCAUCAAUGAGGAAGCACUGAGGAUGCAACUUUUUCCUUAUACUCUGAAAGACAAAGCUCGGGAGUGGUUGGAUUCACUAUCACCUGGUAGCAUCACUACAUGGGCUGAUUUGGUUCACAAGUUCACAUUAAAGUAUUUUCCACCAGCCAAAAUCAGCAAAUUAAAGCAUGAAAUUUCAACUUUCCAGCAAGCUAAAACUGAGAAUUUUCAUGAAGCAUGGGAACAGUAUAAAGAAUUGCUAAGGAAGUGUCCGAAUCAUGGGUUCUCUUUACUAGCUCAAAAUCACUAUUUCUAUGCCGGGUUAACUCCUUACAACCGUUCGGCAGUUGAUUCUAUUAGAAACAAAUUAGCUGGAGAGCUACAUGAUCUCUAUGGAACAAUGAGUGAGCAAUUUGUAAUGUGGCCGGAUAGGAGUUCACAUAGGAGAGCAGUUGGAGUACACAAAGUGGAUAUGAAUACGUUGAUGUUGGCCAAGAUUGAUGCUCUUUCAAAACAGAUGGAAACCUUAAAAUACUCUCCAUCAGUUAAUAUCGUGCAAGGAUCUCUUCCAGUUUGUGUAACUUGGAGACCACAUGAGGAAAAAGGAGGAUGGGAAGAAGCAAUUUCAAAACUUCAAGAACGAAGUGAGCAGAUCGAUGCAGCCAUCAAGAAUAUAGAGACUCAAAUUGGGCAGCUAGCUAAAAUUCUUAUUGAGAGGCAAAAGGGCACACGGCCAAGCAAUACCGAAGUUAAUCCUAAGGAGCAAGCGAAUGUAAUCACUACAAAGAGCGGGGUGCAAUCACCAGAAAUUCAUGUUAAAAGACCAAGUGUGGAGAAGAAAACUGAUGCUGCAAAGGAGACAACAACUGAGAAUAAGGAGCCCGAAGAUAUAGCUGAACAAGAGGAAGUAGUUUCAUCACCAAUCAAGCCUUAUGUUCCACUUAUUCCAUUUCCUCAAAGAUUGCGCAAGUACAAGUUGGAUAAGCAAUUUGAGAAAUUUUUGGAGGUAUUCAAGAAGCUACAUAUCAAUAUACCAUUUGCUGAAGCUCUGUCUCAAAUGCCCAGCUAUGCAAAAUUUAUGAAGGAGAUUCUAUCAAACAAAAGGAAGCUUGAGGAGUAUGAAACUGUGAUGCUAAUAGAGGAAUGUAGUGCCAUUUUACAAAAUAAAUUGCCACCAAAGUUGAAAGACCUAGGAAGUUUCACCAUCCCUUGCACCAUUGGCAGCUUAUAUUUUGAAUGGUCCUUAUGUGAUUUGGGUGCUAGCAUUAAUUUGAUGCCAUUUUCUAUCUUUCAAAAGCUUGGGUUAGGCGAAGCAAAGCCUACAAGGGUGUCAUUGCAGCUAGCGGAUCGGUCUGUGAAACAUCCACAUGGAAUUGUUAAAGAUAUCUUGGUAAAAGUGGAUAAGUUCAUAUUUCCAGCAGAUUUCAUUAUUUUGGAUAUGGCUGAAGAUAGGGAUAUUCCCUUUAUUUUGGGGCGACCUUUUCAAGCUACUGGAUGA